UAUGAGGAGAGGAAACUCCCUCGGUCAACCUGGGAUUCUCCCCUUUUUUUUAUUUUCUUGUAAGAUGCUGCUCCUCCGGACACCCAUGUCACCUGAAUCAAAGUCCAUCCAUGAUGCUGAGUCACCGUUCUUGCUCUCUGUCUCCUCAUACAUUUCAUGUCCAAAAUGCAACCAUUCAGGUGUCAAAAUGUUCGUGUAAGUGAUAAUUCUCCAAAAAAACACUUUAAAUCAGGAUGUAUGUGAUAUCAUUGUUUUAUCCUUUCAGAAUUUAAUGAUUAUAACUCAACAAUUCACAAAUACUAAUCGCUCUCUCUCUCUCCCUCCCCCUCUCUCUCUCCAUGUGCACCUGAGCUGAUGCUGCAAAACAAGACCACGUGGGACUGACCAAUCAGAACCGCAGCAGCGGUCCAAGCACAACCAGCCGCUGAACUGCUGCAGAACUAUGGAUAUUGGAGCUUGUCCCUUCCGGAAGAAACGGAGACAAUGGCGCGUGGACUUCUCAUCCAUCGCCUUGGUGGCGGUGGCGCUCGCUGUAUGCCAAACGACCGUGGUUAGAGCAGACCCAGUGGAUGUGUUGCGGGCUCUUCAGGUUCCGUCUCUCCCUGAGGGCGUGAAGAAAGUCCCCGGCUUCUGCACAUCCCGCCGCUCCAGCAGCCCCGAUCAUGCUUACCGCAUCUCCAAGAAGGCCCAGAUCUCUGCCCCCACCAAGCAGCUCUUCUCAGGUCGUUUCCCAGAGAAUUUCUCCGUCAUGGCUCUGGUUAAGGCCCAGGCAGGUCUGCAGGCCUUCCUCCUCUCCAUCUACAGUGAGCAGGGCAUCCAGCAGCUGGGCAUUGAACUGGGACGCUCACCUGUUUUCUUGUACGAGGAUCAGAACGGCAAACCAGCUCCCGAGGACUACCCACUGUUCAAAGGCGUCAACCUGGCUGAUGGCAAGUGGCAUCGCAUCGCCAUCUCUGUUUCCAAGAAAAACGUGACACUGCUGCUCGACUGCAAGAAGAAGAUGACUCGCCCUCUCGCCCGAGGCAACAACGCUGUAGUCGACACCAACGGCAUAACAGUGUUCGGAGCCCGUCUGCUUGAUGAGGAGGUUUUCCAGGGAGAUAUCCAGCAACUGCUGAUCGCCUCCAACCCCCAGGCUGCUUAUGACUUCUGUGAACACUACAGCCCAGACUGUGACUCCCCUCUGCCCAAGACCCAGGCUCAGGACCCCAACACAUACAAGAAGCCACUCAAUGGAAAAGCGGCCCCCACUAAAGCCACACCUGUUAAACCUAAACCCACUCCACCUAGGCCGGCCAAGACUGGAUCGUACAAACUUGUGGUCAAGCCGCCAAUGCCUACCAAAGCCUCAAAGUCCACCACAGCUAAGUUAUCUAAAACAAAGCCCACUGCGGUAGAGAUCCUCUUGUCGAAGAUCAAACCAACUGCAGCAGCUAAAUCCAAGGCCCCAGCUAAGAAUGGUAAUGGUAAAGCAGCUGCUGAGAAGAAAGCAAACGUUUCCACUAAAGCUAAUGUCAAUGGAAAAGCUAAUGGCAAUGGCAAAGCUGAAGCUAAACCUACAGCUCAGGUCAAGGUUAAUGGCAAUGCCAAGGUUGUCAUUGAGAAGAAGCUUAUUAGUAUUGGAAAAUCCUCAGCAGAAAAGAAAGCCAAUGGAAAUGGAAAAGCAACUGCUGUGUCUAAGACUAAAGGAAAUGGAAAUGGAAAAGCCACAGCUGAGAAGAAAGCUAAUGGGGAGAUUAAAGUUAACGGCAAAGCUGACAAAGGCAACGGAAAGGUUAUCUCUGUGGUAGAGAAGAAAGGCAUUAGUAAUGGUGCUGCAAAUCAGGCAAAAACUGAAACCACUCCUAAAUCAAAGACUGAGACCGUUUUCAAAGUAGAAAAGAUAGAAAAGACUGUGGUCAGUGCAACCAAAGCAACUGCCAAAGCAGGGGCUACCAAAGCACCUAAACCCACAAAGGCAUCAAAACCUGAACCCACAAAAGCGGCAAAGGCUGUGGCUACCAAAGCUCAAGCAGCGAAGGUUAAAACAGUGGUCACAAAAGUCCCUCUGGUCAAAUCCACAACAAGCAAAGCUGUGAAGAAUGUGGUCGAAAAGUUUACCAUCACUAAGAAGGCAGCCACGAGUCCUGCCCCUGUCCGACCCACUCCACCCAGAGCCACG